AUGUUACGAAGAAAGGCUCAUUCAUCGCGUCAUUUCAACCAUGCCUCAUUAGCAGUCAUCUUUCUUCUUCUUUCGAUUGCCUUUACUCCAUCUUCCAACGCACACAUUUUGGGUCAAACCCGUCGGUUGGAAACUGUGAGUCAACGGAGUGUGGAAGUUAUCAAUAAAUCAGGACGACGUGUCGAUGUCUUUUGGGUGAACACUGCAAAUCCAAAGCAGGAAGAAUUCGUUUCACAGUCCGAAAAUGCAGAUGGAGUGGCUUAUGGAGCAGCAGCCUCCAUCAAUUCCUAUGUGGGUCAUACCUUUGAAGUUCGAGAAAUGCCAGGAAAGAACUCGGGGAAAUGCCUUCGGGAUCCAUGUUGGAAGGCACGAUUUACCGUUAGCACCGAACAUGAACAAGAGGUUCGCGUCAAAAAGGGUUUCAUCUUAGAUCAUACUGGCAGCUAUCAACGAUCCGUCAAAGUCGCACGAACAUUGUACGAAGAGUGCGAAGAACAAGUCAACAGUAGUGAACAAGGUAGCGACUUGGACAUUAUUGAAGUGAUUGAUGCCAUUUCCGCUUGCAUGAAAGAAAAGACCGAUGCCAAGUUGGAAAAACAACAAGAAGAAGUCGACUUUCAGUACAAGCUUCGAGCCCAAAUGGCCGAAAGCAUGGCACCCUUGGCUUGUGGCGAUGUCAAUUAUACAGUGACUGACGAAGGGAAGAACGUAUCUUGGGCGUACACAUCCAGGAACCAAGAUGGUCGUAGACGUGGGGAAACCCACUACAAGCUUCGCGUCUUGCAUGAACGGCCCACUUCUUACAUUGCCUCCAUUCCUGGUUUUGUGGCACACGACGAAUGCUUGGCACUCCAGCAUUUUGAAGAAACCUCACAAGAUGGCAGUGUUAGUUUCGCCACCAUGGACAAAUUCCGAGCGGCACCACAGAAGUACAGUUCGUCCUUGAUGCAUUUGACGGACAAGCUCACUUCGCUUCUAGGGGAAUACUUGCACUGGCCAGAAUUGGACGUAUCGACUUUAUCGGAGCACGACGAUCGGCUCUUUCAAGUGCACAAGGACCCAACGGGCGGCAUGUCCGUUCCAGCACUCUUGUGUACGGCUGGUGAUUUGGAACUGGAGAAGGAAACUGGUGUAAGGGACUGCAAACUGCCUGGAGAAGGCCCAAUGUUGGUCCCAACGACUCACUUUCAAGUGGAUCCGCCUCAAGAAGAAGGAGUCGACUCUUACAGCAAAGUCGCCACGGCCUUUGUCUUUUGCGAAGAUCCCAUCAAUAAACAAUUAGGAGCCUUGCACUUUCCACAUGCCGGUGUGCACAUUGCUCCCCAAAAGGGAAUGGUCGUCGUUGCGAUUCAUCGCAAAAAGGCCGAGACCGAGUUUGAUGGGUAUGUCCACGACUAUCACUUUUGUCCCAAUCAUCAAUUAUACACACAAUCGUUCUUUGAGAAAGAGUCUGUGGCGCAGGAAUCAUAG